UGUAGAAUCUCCUGCCCAAACAAACAGAGGCAAGGUGAGAGACACGGUUUGCGCCCCAUUGCUCUCACUCCCACAGUCUCCUUGCCGGCCAUGGCGCUGGCCGCGCUGCCCCGAUCUCUCCCCGUCCUCUUCCUCCUUCUCCUCGCCACCCCCGUCCUCCUCGCCGCCUCGGCCCGCGACGAGGACCUGGACUACAUCAUCGACAACGCCGGCGACAUCCCCGCAAACGACUCCGAGGCCUGGCUCCACGACGGCUCCUCAUCCUCAUCCGACGACGAGGACGAGGACCCCUUCGACCAGGACAGCGAGGACGAGGACUAUGGCGCCGAGAUCGACGAGACCCACGUGGUCCUCCUCGCCGCCGCCAACUUCUCCUCCUUCCUCGCCGCGCGCCGCCACGCCAUGGUCCAGUUCUACGCGCCCUGGUGCGCCCACUGCCGCGCGCUCGCGCCCGACUACGCCGCCGCCGCCGCCAGCCUCGCCGCCCAGCAGGCCGACGUCGCGCUCGCCAAGGUCGACGCCACCGAGGACGCGGAGCUCACGGAGCAGUACGGCGUGCAGGGCUUCCCCACCCUCCUCUUCUUCGUCGACGGCGUGCACAACGAGUACACCGGCGACCGAACCAAGGACGCCAUCCUCGCGUGGAUCACCAAGAAGCUGGGGCCCGAGGUGCAGAACCUCACCACCGCCGACGAGGCCGAGAGGGUCCUCACCGGGGAAGAAACCGCCGUCCUCGCCUUCCUCCACUCCCUCUCGGGUGCUCACAGUGAUGAGCUUGCUGCUGCUUCAAGGCUGGAAGACACAGUCAACUUCUACCAGACCACCACUCCCGAUGUAGCUAAGCUUUUCCACAUUGACCCCAAAGCAGAGCGCCCAUCCCUAGUCUUGCUCAAGAAAGAGGAGGAGAAGCUGACCGUAUACGACGGCGAGUUCAGAGCAUCUGCAAUUGCCGAGUUCGUAUCGGCGAACAAGCUUCCGCUCAUCACCACCCUCACACAGGAAAACGCCGCUGCGGUCUUUGAUAGUCCAAUCAAGAAGCAGAUCCUACUAUUUUCUGUUGCGAACGAGGCCUCGAAAUUUCUGCCCAUCUUUAAGGAAGCAGCAAAGCCAUUUACGGGAAAGCUGUUGUUUGUCUUUGUGGAGCGAGACAAUGAGGAAGUUGGCGAACCUGUUGCCAAUUACUUCGGAAUUACUGGACAAGAAACCACAAUUCUUGCUUACACUGGGAAUGAAGAUGCCAAGAAGUUUUUCCUCAGUGGUGAAAUGUUACUGGACAACAUUAAGGAAUUUGCCCAAGAUUUCCUCGAGGACAAGCUCACACCAUUCUACAAGUCUGACCCAGUACCUGAAUCUAAUGAUGAGGAUGUCAAAAUUGUUGUUGGCAAGAAUCUAGAUCAAGUAGUCCUGGACGAAUCAAAAGAUGUCCUUCUGGAGAUAUAUGCACCAUGGUGUGGGCAUUGUCAGACACUAGAGCCUACCUACAACAAGCUGGCCAAGCAUCUACAUGGCAUCGACUCCCUUGUAAUAGCCAAAAUGGAUGGCACAAACAACGAGCAUCCUCGUGCCAAGCCUGAUGGGUUCCCCACAAUACUCUUCUACCCAGCUGGGAGGAAAGGCUUUGAGCCUAUAACUUUUGAGGGGGACCGGACGGUGGUGGAGAUGUACAAGUUCAUCAAGAAGCACGCCAGCAUCCCUUUCAAGCUGAAGCACCCAGACUCAUCGGCGGCACGAACAGAGAGCUCCGAGAACUCAGGUUCAAACCUGAAGGAUGAGUUAUAGGGCAUCUCACACCAUUGAACUAAUCAAUGCUGGCGACAAGUUUUGAGGCUCCGCGAUUGUAAGUUCGUGUCUGCGGAUAACAGGAGGUUUUGAGGGAAUAGCUAGGUUUCAGUUUGGGCAGUUGGAAUUGUAUGUUGAGAAUACAAACAUUACAAUCGGAAAAAAAAGCAAAAAAUCCUUUGCUUC